AUGAAGUCGAGCAUCUCGAUAAUGAUGGCCAUUGCGGUCUGUGCCUCAUCCUCAUCGAUGCUGGUCAACGCCCAGAGUAUCAAGCCCACUGCCGGUCACUCGGCUACCCUGCUUGAUUCCACCGUCUUUAUCCAGGGAGGUUUGGGCGCCGACGGCAACCCCACCAAUGCAGCCUACUCUCUCCGACUUGGUCAAGACGGUGCCUACACGGGCUCGACCUUGCUCGACAUCACACAGCUGGCAGGCUUCUCCGCUCGCGGCUUCCAUUCCUCCGUCGAGUCCUCCCAAGGAUUGAUGAUCAACUGCGGUGGAUUCGACGCGGCCGGCGCGACCACCCACAAGAUGUCCUGUGACAUAUUCAACUCUAUCAAGUACACCAGCACCAAAAUGAAUAUGACGGUACCCAACGUCAGCUCCAGAGGAGGUAUGGCGGUCAGCAUAGACCCUACGUCCACCAUGGCUUACCACUUUGGGGGUUCACUCACAUCUGCCAUUGGAGCUGAUGGUGGCUUCUCAAACGAAGUGGAUAUGUUGAAGUUGGAUUCUGCAAUGGGAUGGCGUUCAGGUACCGCUAUGCCCGCCGCCACACGUUACCACACUGCCACUUGGAUCGAUUCUCUCAAGAGUUUUGUUAUCCUGGGUGGCCAGAUCCAAGCUGGAACUGCUGUCGCCAUGAACGUAGCCUCCACCUUUAGUGGCGUUACCUGGGGCACUAGACCCAUCGCAGGAGAUGCCGUCUCUGCUCGAUUCGGACAUACAGCUGUCGAGGACGGGCAGGGAAACAUUUAUAUCUAUGGUGGCCAGACCGCGGCCGGAACGGUACCCCUCAGCGAUAUCUACCUCCUCAACACCACCGCCGCUACUUGGGCCUGGAAGAAGAUCAACGUCCCCGCAGCUGAACCUCGUGCCUUCCACGCCUCUGUCCUCUUGAACGACAGCUCCAUCUUGCACACCUUUGGCCAGGCUGGUGCUGGCCCAGAAUCAGCAGUGAGCACCUUCUCAUUUUUCAACACUCUCACCAACACUUGGAUCACCGCCGCUAAUCCCCCAGCCGUCACUGUCGCCACCGAGUCUCCCAACAAGGGCACUGGUAUCAGCAACAACCCCAAUGACCCCAACUUCCAACACCCCGGCAACGACUCUGGCGAAGAAGGCAAAUCCGGUAAAGGCGCCGCGAUUGGAGGUGCCAUCGGAGGAGUCGCGGCCGUCUUGAUCCUCGUCGCAGGAUUCAUCUUUUACCGAAGGCGUCAAUCCAAUCGUCACAGCAGCGGCGGGUCUAUUGCCGCGGGUCCUUACUCGAAGCAUUCAGCCUCGGCCUCGGGACAGAUUGGUGGCGCAGGACGAAGCAGUUUGAAUUUGCAGGAUGGUGACAAGUCGAAGCUUGGACGAUCUUUCACGAUCCGUCAACCUGCCCCUGCCUAUGUUGACGAUAACUCGGUUCAGGACUUGAAGCAUGCGCGCCCCUAUGAUGACGGUGGAUAUAACAACAAGCACAACGAUCGCUCCGCUGGCGGAUAUGGCGGCGAACCUGCCGUGAUCGAGUACGAGUUGACAGAUACCAGCGGUCACCGCUAUGAACCCGGCAGCGUCGCAGAACGCAAGCGGUAUGUCGAGGAGCAGCAGCGUCAGCUGAUGAGUGGAUUCGAGAGCGUCUACCCCGAUCAGCCCUUGCCCUUCCACCACCAGCAGUUCCAGACCUCCAACAACAACCAGCAGCAGCAGCAGGAUGACUUUUAUGGCUCACCCACCUUGACGGCUGUUUCGUCACCCAGGGGUGAGGCCGCUAAGGUGGGCGGUCGCUCGCCCUCGCAGAGCCGUCGUAACCGGUCACAGUCUCGUAGUGAGCAGGGAGCCAACAAUGGAGCUCACACUGCUCAGUCGCCCACUGUCCGUGCCCAGCAGGCCCAACGUCCCUAUGAGAACUACCCCGACCACUCCGAGUUCUCCAACGACAAGUUCUAA